AUGGCUGCUAUGUAUGAAGCUGAAGCGAAGAAAGGUGAAAUUUAUGAACUCAAAGCUGAAUUGAACAGCGAUAAACGUGAUCGUAAAAAAGAAGCUGUAAAAAAGGUUAUUGCAAGUAUGACAGUUGGGAAAGAUGUUAGUCAACUCUUUCCUGAUGUUGUCAAUUGUAUGCAAACAGAUAAUCUUGAAUUAAAAAAACUUGUUUAUCUCUAUUUAAUGAAUUAUGCUAAAACACAACCGGAAAUGGCUAUUCUUGCCGUUAAUACAUUUGCAAAAGAUUGCAAUGAUCCAAAUCCAUUGAUUCGUGCAUUGGCUGUACGUACCAUGGGUUGUAUACGUGUAGAUAAAAUAACUGAACAUUUAUGUGAACCAUUACGUAAAUGUUUAAAAGAUGAAGAUCCGUAUGUUCGAAAAACGGCUGCUGUUUGUGUAGCAAAAUUAUAUGAUAUUAAUCAACAACUUGUUGAUGAUCAAGGUUUUCUUGAUAUGUUAAGAGAUUUAUUAUCGGAUUCAAAUCCUAUGGUUGUUGCAAAUGCUGUUGCAGCAUUAAGCGAAAUAGCUGAACAGUCACCACAAACGAAAGUCUUCGAUUUAACUGGACCAACUAUUAAUAAACUUUUAACGGCACUCAACGAAUGUACCGAAUGGGGACAAGUUUUUAUACUUGAUGCUAUUGCAAAUUAUUCACCUAAGGAUGAUAAAGAAGCGCAAAGUGUUUGUGAACGCAUCACGCCACGUCUCGCUCACGCAAAUGCUGCUGUUGUUCUAUCGGCUGUUAAAGUAUUGAUGAAAUUCCUUGAAUUAGUCGAUCAACAUAGUGAAUUUGUUCAAGGUUUACAUCGUAAAUUGGCACCACCGUUAGUUACGCUCUUAUCAGCUGAACCCGAAAUUCAAUAUGUUGCAUUACGUAACAUUAAUUUAAUUGUACAAAAACGACCGGAUAUAUUGAAAAAUGAAAUGAAAGUUUUCUUUGUUAAAUAUAAUGAUCCAAUCUAUGUUAAACUUGAAAAACUUGAUAUAAUGAUACGUUUAACAAAUGCAACCAAUAUUGCACAGGUUUUAGCUGAAUUAAAAGAAUAUGCAACUGAAGUAGAUGUAGAUUUCGUUCGUAAAUCAGUACGUGCUAUUGGCCGAUGUGCAAUUAAAGUCGAACAAGCGGCGGAAAGAUGUGUUAGUACAUUAAUUGAUCUGAUUCAAACAAAAGUUAAUUAUGUUGUACAAGAAGCAAUUGUUGUCAUUAAAGAUAUUUUCCGAAAAUAUCCAAAUAAAUACGAAAGCAUUAUUGCAACACUAUGCGAAAAUCUUGAUUCACUUGAUGAACCUGAAGCUCGCGCAUCGAUGAUCUGGAUUAUUGGCGAAUAUGCUGAACGUAUUGAUAAUGCUGAUGAGUUACUCGAAGGUUUUCUUGAUGGUUUCAAAGAUGAAAAUAGUCAAGUACAAUUACAAUUGUUAACAGCAAUAGUUAAACUUUUUCUUAAAAAGCCAACUGAAACUCCACAAGAAUUAGUUACACGUGUUCUAACUCUGGUUACACAAGAAACAGAUAAUCCUGAUUUGCGUGAUCGUGGUUACAUUUAUUGGCGUCUUCUAUCAACAGAUCCUAAAGCAGCGAAAGAAGUUGUUUUAGCUGAAAAACCAUUGAUUUCAGAAGAAACUGAUUUACUUGAACCGACACUUCUCGAUGAACUUAUUUGUCAUAUAGGAACAUUAGCAUCCGUUUAUCAUAAACCACCAAAUGCAUUUGUCGAAGGUCGACAUUCAUUGAAAAAGAAUCUUCCACUUCGUUCAGGUGCUGAUGCUGGUGAUGAUGACGACGGAGUCGGUCAAGACAUGAUGUCAUCUAAUCAGCAACAACAGCAACAAACAGUUGUUAUUGGUGCAAAUGUUGGUUCAUUAAUCGAUGAUUUCGAUAUAUUAGGACCCAUGCCAACUACACAACAAACAACAAAUAUUAUGGGCCAAGCACCACCAAGAGCUGCAUCCGCUGUACCAAAUCUACUUGAUGAUGAACUUUCCUCGAUUCUUGCACUUGAUUCAAAUAUCGGUGGUGCUCAAACACCUCAAUCUCAAAUUCCGAUAAUGACUACAGCAACUUCAUUUCCAAUAAAUCCAGCGGCGAAGAGUGCAAAUUUACUUGAUGAUUUAUUCGGUGAUUUGAACUUAGGUGGAGGUAGCUCCGGACUUUUAUAUUCAGGUCCAAGUGCUUUUGUUUUACCUAAAGAAAUUUGGUUGAGUGCUCAAAAAGGCAAAGGUCUUGAAGUAUCCGGUACAUUUGCUCGUCGUAACAAUCAAAUCGUAAUGGAAAUGGACUUUUCCAAUAAAGCAUUACAACCAAUGAGUGAUUUAGCAUUACAACUUAAUCGCAAUAGUUUUUGUUUAACUCCAGCUCAGCCAUUGCAAGUAACGACUCCCUUAUUUCCCAAUCAAAAUGUAUCAACACAAUUAGUAUUAAAUACGAAUGGACAAAUGAUGAAAAUGGAACCGUUAACCACUCUUCAAGUUGCCAUUAAGAAUAAUGUUGACGUGUUUUAUUUUGCGUGUACUGUACCCAUUCAUAUUUACUUUACUCAAGAUAGUGAAACAGAUAAAAUGGCAUUUGUUCAAUCGUGGCAAGAUAUUCCUGAAAGUAACGAAAUUAAACAUCAACUACAAAAUGUUCAUGGAUUAUCCAUUGAUGAUUUACAAAAUAAAUUACGUUUAAAUAAUAUUCAUACAGUAACAAGAACAAUAAUUGAACAGAAAGAAAUGCUCUAUCAAGCAAUGAAAUUAACUAACGGAAUAGUUGUACUUGCUGAAUUGAAAAUUACGCCCGGAAAUAGAACAAUAGCGUUCUCACUUAAAACCAAAGUUCCAGAUGUUGCAAAAUUAGUUGUGCAAGCCUACGAACUUAUUCUUGGUAGUAACUAG